AUGAGUGCUGAGCCUACGCCUAAUCCUGCCUUUGCGGUGGACGCAAACGGCAUCCCCAUCGAAUCAUGGGGCGGGAAGUUUGAGCGCAAGUUCAAGGAGAACCCGUUCGUGCCCGUCUUGGCGGGCCUUACGACCGUGUCGCUCAUCGUCGCGGGCGCGAAGCUGCGGCGGCGCGACAGCGCGUCGCUCAACAACUGGCUGCGCGUGCGCGUGCUCAUGCAGGGCCUCACGAUCGUCGCCGUCGUCGGCGGCUCGUGGUGGUACGGCCAGAUGAAGCAUCAGAAGGAGGCCGCGAACGCGGCCGAGCAGGAGCGCGUCCUGCAGCGCGCCGGGUUCGAGGCGCGCCUGCGCGCGGCGGAGGAGGCGGACAAGCUCGAGAAGCUCGAGGCGCAGGUGCAUGCGAGUGCGGGCGCGCAGGGCGGUGUCAAGGGCGGGUGGUUUGGCGGGUGGUUUGGGAAGGGCGGGCCGUCGGGGGGCGCGGGCGCAGAUGGCUCGUCCGCGUCGAAAGGAGCGGGACCCAGUGCGUGA